UCGCAGGAACGAAGAAUUCCCAUUAGAAUUCCGUUCCAGCUGCCGUCGGACGUUUCCGAUGAAAGAAUAGCGACUAACUGAAUUCUUCUGCGGCAGAGGGAUUUAUCAAUAGCAUUAACAAUAGAUCUUCCGCCGCCGUGAUAGAUCUCCGGCCGCCAUUCCCUUCCUUCUUGAUUCAAGGUACAGUUAUUUGUCUUGACAUUGAUUCUCGAAUUACGCGCUGUGAUUCAAAGAUCUCUGUCUGAUGUUUUCUUUUGGAACCAUGGCAAUUGGGGGCGAGGUAGGAUCUGAUUUUUGUUCGAGAUUCCAGUCAUUCAGAGACGAAACCACGAAAUUGCUAAAGUGAAUGCUUCUGCGAAGCAUUUCAAUUGAAUUUACUUCUCCUCGAUUUAGGUCUUACGGAGUGAUUUCUGAUGUUGCUUGAGCUGUGAAAUUAAGUGCUGGAACAAUGUCUUCGGAGGAAGGUGAUAUUAAGGAAGCUUCAGGAAGGCAAGUGGAAGAGGGGCCAAUGUCUGAGAAGCUGGAAUCCGGCGCGAACCAUGCGGGCAAUGGCCAUCAUGCUGUGGAAGAUACGUUUGCUGAUGGCAACAAAUGCUCCGAUGAUCACGACGAGCUUGUCCAAAUGGUUAUCGAUUUAAAAUCUCAAAAUGAAUUCUUAAAGUCUCAGUUGGAAAGCAUGAAGAAUCUGCAGAAUGUGGAGAGUGUGCCGGAACGUGCAGAAGAAAUUGGUUCGAGAGAUGGAGAAUCCGUUGAUUGGAAAGAACUUCAUGAAAGAAUUGAGUCUUUGAACAAAGAACUUUCGGAGGAAAAGCAGACACGAGGAGCAGCAGAGCAAGCUUUGCAGCAUCUCCAAGAAGCCCACUCAGAAGCAGAUGCAAAAGUUAACGAACUUUCUGCAAAGCUUAUCGAAGCUCAACAGAAGUUGGAGCAAGAAAUAAAAGAACGUGAUGAGAAAUAUUCUGACCUGGACUCAAAAUUUAGCAGGCUACACAAACGUGCAAAACAGCGUAUUCAAGAUAUCCAGAAGGAAAAAGACGACCUUGAGGCUCGAUUUCGUGAUGUUAAUGAAGUAGCAGAGCGUGCAACAUCCCAGCAGACUGCACUGCAACAAGAACUAGAACGCACUCGGCAACAAGCUAAUGAAGCAUUGAAAGCGAUAGAUUCAGAGAGGCAACAACUAAGAAGUGCAAAUAAUAAGCUUCGAGACAACAUAGAAGAAUUGCGACACUCAUUGCAGCCUAAAGAAAGUGCAUUGGAGGCAUUGCAGCAGUCCCUUGCGGAGAAGGACCAGAUGCUGGAAGACAUGAAGAAUAUGCUUCAAGCUACUGAGGAAAAAAAGCAAGCUUCACUAGCUGACCUUUCUGCAAAACAUCAGAAGAGCUUGGAGAGCAUGCAAAUGCAACUUUCUGAUGCUUUAUCUGACAGAAAUAAAGCAACAGAAACUAUUUCUUCUCUACAGGAAUUAGUUGCUGAAAAAGAAUCAAAGAUUGCAGAGAUGGAUGCAGCAUCAAGUGGUGAGGCAGCAAGACUUAGAGCUGCUGUGGAAACUGUAAAAGGAGAGCUAGCUCACCUCAGAAAUGAACAUGAGAAAGAAAAGGAGGCCUGGCAAGCUGCUUCAGAGGCACUUAAAAUGAAGUUAGAGAUUGCCGAAAGCAAUUGCAUACGUGCUGAAAUUGAAGCUGCUAAAAUGAGGAGUCAACUGGAAUCGGAAGUUUCUGCAAAAACCCGGAUGUUGAGUGCAAGGGAUGCUGAACUACUGACUAUCAAAGAGGAGAUGGGUCGCCUUGAAAGUGAAUUUUCUUCAUACAAGGUUCGUGCUCAUGCACUUCUUCAGAAGAAGGAAGCAGAUCUAGCUGCUGCUGUGGACUCUGAACAAAUUAAAGCUCUUGAAGAAGCAUUAAAGGAGGCUGAAAAGGAAAUCAUGUUGGCAUAUGCUGAAAAGGAUCGGGCACAGCUAGAUCUUCAGAAUGCUUUGGCAAAUCAUGAUAAAGAACUCAGAGAAAGAGAUUCAGCCCUUGAUGAUGCUAAGCAAAAUAUCAAGAGCUUAGAAAUGAAGCUAGAAUCUGUUAAUUUGCACCUUCACUCAGAAAAGGAAGCUUGGGAACAGAACCUCCAAAACUUGGAAGAAUCAUGGCGAAUCAGAUGUGAAGCAGUGAAGUCUGAGUUUGAAGAAUCCUCUAGACUAGACGUGGAAAAGGAAUUUGAAGAGCUAAAACAAGGGUAUAGAAAAUUGAAGGACGAGCAUGGUUCAUUCCGUGAUCUUGCCGAUAGAAUGAUUGAGGAAAAGGAUACAGAAAUUUCUAGGCUUUUAGAUGAAAAUAAGAAUCUUCGUCAAUCUUUGGAAUCAAAACCUCCUGCAGAUCAAAUUGAUUAUACUGCAGUCACUCAAAAACUGGAACUGUCAAAUUUGAGUGCCUCCAAUGCGGAACAACAGAUUCUGCUUUUAGCGAGGCAGCAGGCCCAGAGGGAAGAACAACUGGCCCAAUCACAGAGGCAUAUCUUAGCCCUUCAAGAAGAAAUUGAGGAGCUUGAACGAGAGAAUCGUCUGCAUAGCCAACAGCAAGUAAUGUUAAAGGCUGAGCUUCGUGAUAUGGAAAGAUCACAGAAAAGGGAAGGUGUAGACAUGACAUAUCUGAAGAAUGUCAUCUUGAAGCUCCUUGAAACCGGUGAAGUAGAAGCUCUGCUGCCCGUAGUUGCGAUGCUCCUCCAGUUUAGUCCAGAAGAGAUGCAAAAAUGUCAACAAGCGUACCGUGCCUCCAGGGACGCUCCACCAAGCCCUGCUACUGAUGCUUCUUCAGGAUCUGCUCUUUCUCUUUUCUCAAGGUUUUCAUUUUCAUGACAGAUGAGAAUGAGAGGAGGCCUCUAGAAAGCGACUGUGCUCGAGCCAGCAGACAAAAGCACAGCAGAGUUGCCAUAACUGUAAGAACUCGUAUGUUUCUUGUAAAACCAUUCUUUCAUGCAUAAAAUGAGAAUAUUUACAGACAACAGUUACCAUAGAUUAAGAUACAUACAUCGAAACACGGUCAAGAAGAGGGAUUUCAUUUUUUUCUUUUGGGAGGGGAAGUGUUGUAUUUUCUUUGAAAUUGUUCUUUAUUAUAUAUAUAGUGAUAAUUCUUGUCCAAGAUAGCCGCUCGCUACCUUCCCUUAUUUGGACAUGGUAAAUGAAUUGGUGGGCCAUCGUUUUGCUGUUGGGUUGGU